AUGCCGCAGACACGGCGGCGGAGCCCGGGCUGGCAGGCGGCCGCGGGCCGGCGGGGCGGGGAGGGGCGGCGGGUGCGGGGCAGCGGCCGCGGGCAGCCCGGGCUGCGCCGCCUCGGGGGGGCCGCCCCGGGCCCCCGCCCUCCCGCGGGCACCGGCACCGGCACCGGCACCGGCACCGGCAGCAGGGCCGCCCCAGCCGGCCCGAGGGACCCGGCCCGCGUCCCGCCGCGAGCGGAGCGAGGGCUCCCAGCCGCUCAUCGCAUCUCGGUGUUUUUCAUUUUCGUACGUUUUUUGAGUCGCUGUUUUUUAUCUUUACACAAAGAAUGCCCUUCUCGCAGGAAAAGCAUCCCACGGCGCUGUCACCGCCGCUGCCCGUGCCGCGGCCCUCCUCUGCUCCUCCGCGGCCGCUUUUCUCCCCGGCCCGCCGGGGGACUGGACCCUGGACCCGGUGCCGCUCUGCCGGGCUUUGGGGACAGGUUUGGACCUCGUCUGCUGCUGGAGGAGGCAACACGGGAGCGUGGCCUGGCAGGUGCCUGGGAGGCUGGGAUGUCCCUGCUCUGCCCUGCCGCCUCCCAAAUGCGCGAUCCCCGGCACCGGGAAGUCCCGGUGGCAGCUGGAGAACAAAGGUUUCUUGGGUACUGCAACUUUGAUUCAUAGGCAUCCUUUGCAGAAAGCAGCUCACAUUUUGUGAGACUCCACAAGGGACCGCAAACAGGCAGCUCUGGCUGCACCAUGGAGUGAAGCAAAAGGUUUCUCACCAGCUCAGCCACUUGCUUGGUUGCAGUGAGGAUGCCUGGAUGCAGAUUAGGAACCAGCAGUCACAUCAGUGAAAUGCAAGUAGCGGCUGGAGCCUUGUCUGUGUGAAGGAUCCUGCCAGCACAGCUGUACCACUGACAGCAGUGGAAUAUUUUGCUCUAGUUCUCUAGAGGAAUCAAAGUAUUUUGUCUCUUGCUCUCUCUUUUUUUCUGUUGCUCCUCACUCAUUAAAAGUCAGCCACACAAAGCACAUGGUUGCUCUCUGUGUUUAAUAAAAAAAAUGUUCGGGGUUAAAGACCAAGAGCCAAAGCUGUUUUGAAGUCAGACAUAUGUAAACAGUACCUGGAAAUAAUGAUAAUGAUAAUAAUAAUAAUAAUAAUAAUAAUAAUAAUAAUAACAACAACAACAACAACAACAAUCCUUUUGUGUCAUAAAUAUUCACAUUUCUAUCUGCUAUUUCAUUACGAGACAGCACAACUUCUGAGAAUGUGCUUGAUGAAUAUUUGGGGGAGCUGUGCCUUCAGCUGCAGUGGCGUACAGCAGCACUAAUGCUUCUGGCUUCUCCACUCCCUUAUGUAACCAAAAUCACAAGUUAGAGCCCAAAUUACAAAGCAUAAGCAUGUGUACAAUAUUAAGCAUACAAAUGGUGUCUGAAAUUAUUAUCCUUUCCAUGUAGGUCUGUUUUUAAUCUGUUAGAAUUUUUCCUUCUGCAGCUUUAUUGAUUUCAGUAUCCGCUGAUGCAGUUCAUAACACAAUCAAGCCUUAAAAACCCCACUGUGAAGACAUUAACCCAAACUUAUCUAAGGCCAAAAUCACCCUGGCUAUGGAUAGGUGGAGUUCAAAUGACUUUUAUACCUCGAGUGUGUCCAGUAUCAAGACACUAGUGCAAGCAGAACACCAUAUCCCUGUGGCUGCUUUGGCAACCAGGCAGAGUGGCAGAUUUUUGCACCCCAGCCCAAGGCAUGGGUUUGCCAUCACCUUCCUUUGAGUUUUCCCUCUUUCUCAGGGACUAUUUUUGCCAUUACCAUGCUGAUCAUCUUGCUGGAGUUUUAAGGUGUUGGAUGCUGAUACAGCGAGUGCCUCUUGUAUCUGUUUAAUCCGAUAACAUAACUCUUUUUUAAUCUCCACGUCUGGGUCACAGGGUUUAAAAAAGACACUGGGCCAAAUCCCCAGCUUGGCUACAACGGGUGGAAAUCUACUGAGAUGGCACGAAAGUCAGGAGAGAUUCACUGCACCCGGGUAAAGAGGUCUCGAGGGGCAGGGAUGUGAGUGCCAGGUUUCAGAUGAUGAAUAUUAACCCAAGGGUAUGGCAGAGCUAAUUCAGAUUUCUGUUAAUUGAGGUGGAGGGAGGGAUAUUACACCAGGACCUAAAAUAUGCUCAUCAGCAAAUUCUCAUGAAUUUUCAAAUGGUAACCAAUAUAAUAUUUCUUCAUUUUUCAGGAGAAACCUUGUUUUCAUUGUUUGGCUGCUAGAGGGAACAUGAUGUUUCAUGGAUUCAGGACCAAGAUAGGGCACGGACAAAGAGGAAAUUUGGGAGGGAUUGGGAAGAUUUUACAGACAAACAUUGAAAUUAGAAAAAAACAAAGUUCAUCCAGGCAUGAAGUCCAGCACUAGGAAAGAAAUGGACAGCACUGUCUGUAAAGGAUUGUGUAAGCAAGAAUGGCAAAAAGAUGGUUUGAAUAAGUCCAUUGCAUUAAUGAUUUUCUAUACAAUAAUUUCCUACACAAAGUUACAUGGGAUAAGUCUUCGGUGUUCCCCUAUACAGCAGAGGAUCCUGAGCAUGAAAAAGGGAAGCAGAUUUUGUAAGGGAUUUGCAUAUCAUGGAGUGACUCUGGAUUGCAGAUUUUAAGCAUUACUAAAUUGGGGAAUAAACUGUUGCUAUUGCUGUUACAUACCAGGAUAUCUCACUAAUCCACACAAUCCACUAAGUUGCUGUAGUUUUAGUCUGUGUUUAUUUUAGAUGAAAUUAUGGCCUGGACAGUUAAUUUUUCUUAGUUUAUCCAUAUAAAUCAUAUAUAAAUAAGGUCUCAAACAGAAACCAAAACAUGACCUGUGUUUUUGGUACACUCCCCAUCAUGUGAACCUGCCAGGGAUAGAGCCCUGCACCCGGUUUACAAGUCAAACACAAAGGCAAUGAAAAACCACAGGUCUUCUGGAAAAGUAGCCACUUGGCAUUAAAUUCUCUUGCUUUAAUGCUCUGGGUGGCCUAUUUUGCUUCUAUUUGAGAUGGCCUAGCCAUUGUGGGAUUGCCUGCACUGGUCCUUUCCUUACAUCAAGCUAAUUACAAAUUAACUGGAGGCACUUAGCAAGGCUGAGAGGCUGGAGCCUUUCUGGACACCACUCGAGUUUGGAAAUUCCUGUUGCUUUACAGGGGCUGAUUCCUAAAGUGAGGGGCAAACACAGAGGAACCAAACAACCUGGGACCAAAGUGGCUUUAGAAAAAAGUGAGUGUCUCAAGUUAACAGAGUCAGCUACCUGCAAAUAUAAACCUCUCAUAUAUCCAAAGGUUUUCACUGGGAUUUUCAAGAUCUCAUGAGCAAUUUAAAAUCCUUGAAAGGAAUGCACUAUAGAAUGAAAAAUAUAAGUAUUAUUAAAGAAUGUCUCUGAACUGAAAGCCAGCCAGUUUCAUAAAAAUGAGCUAAAAAAGCAAUAACAGGUACUCUGUCUCCUGCUGGAUGCUGUAUAACCGUAUGUUUUGUAUUUUGGAAGUCACUCUAAAGCAAUGUUUUUUUUCUUCACUAUUGCUGUUGAGAAGAACAGUAGAAGAACUAUGUAUAAAUGAGAUUAAAGUAAUCUAAUUAAAAAAAUAAACAAUGUGCUUUCGUCUUCAAUUCAUAUCCAGUCAUUUGGGAUCUAACUGAAAAAAAAAAAAAAUUCUGAAAUUCAGAAAGGAUUUUGAAAGACAACUGUUUCUCUUUAAGAUUAAUGAUAAUCAUACUUGUGUGUUCAAGGGAGAAUAGAUCCAGUGUUAUGUAACAGGAUAAAGAAACAAAAUCCUUUUUCCUUAAAUUAAAAUAACCAGUAUGUGUGUGAAUUUUAGUCACUGAAAAUUUAGGAAACACAUUUUCUUGUACAAUUGCAUUCCACAUGCUAAAAUUGACGUCUUCUAACUUUUAAACAGAAUCACAAUAAUUAAAGACAAAAAAGAUUUGUUUGUUCCAUUUGACCACACUUUGCCAAUAGAGGAUUGUUCCCUAGGGAAAAUUCUGUGGCACUUGCCCUGUGCAAAAAUCCAAAUAUGUACUCAUCUUUUUAUUUUAUGUGGCAUUAGCAAAUCCAAUUAUUGCAUUUCCCAGUUGUUGUUUGUUUGGUUUUUUUUUGUUUUUAAUCUGAUUACCUAGUACUAGAUAUAUGAUAACUUAUCUCUUGUAAUUUUUUUUUCCUGAACUAUUACAUAACAGUUAGUAAAAAAUCUUGCAAUGCCUGCCUAAAUUUGCCAAAACCAGGAUAAGAUCAACAGGUAAUGGAAUUUUUUUGAUGUUGGCAUUGUUCUUUGCUGGCUCAAUCAUAUAAAAUUUAUUUAAAAAAAGCACCCAAGAAAAUAAUUUCCUGUCAUAUAAGCUCCAUUUUCCACUUCUGUAUUUUACAGAAGCACUCAUACCAGAAUUUCUGCAUCAGAAUUUGACACAUAGAAUUCUUCUAUCACAUGAGCCAAAAGAAGGCAAAUGGUAAAAAAAAAAAAAAAAAAAAAAAAAAAAGACAUCUCGUUGGAUCUAAUUCUGGAGUCAUUGUUUGAUGAUCCCAAUGCAGAGCAGUUGGGAUUUGCACAGAAAGGCUUUGCUGAGCUCAGGUGAUGUUCACUUGUGCGUGGGAGAAGCUCUUGUGAGCUUUGCUGAGCGACUCCGAGCUUUGUCUCCAGACAGACCAGAGCAGACACUGCAGAUGUUGUCCUUGCACGUGUCACACUCACUGUUUUCAGUCCUAAAAGCAAAGCUUCACAUCUGGGCAGGGUAAGUGAUGCUCCCUCACUGGACCAAGUGCUCUGUUAGCACAAGGUGUGCUUGGAGGUGAUGCACAUGGUGAAUUUCCCUGCUGGUAACACUCCUGCCAUGCUGCAGCUAAAUAUUCUGCUGCUGCACUGCCUGCAGAGAUUUCCUGGGGCUCACGAGCACAACAGGUCCUGCCAAGUCAAGCUGGUUACAUGGGUGCAGCAAAAUGAUUCGGAAUCUGGGAAGCCACAGGAGAUGUAAGUUGGGGGACAGGGAAGAAGUUGUGGCAAACCCACUCUGAAAGCAAUAAAAGGUCAAUAGAGUCUGAGGCUGCCCUGCAGAACCACUUCCAUUUCCAUUUGAGCUGAUUAUUUAGCUGGGCAGGUUGGCCUAACCACAUCCUGGGUGACAGUAGACAUCACAGUAAAUAGUCCAAAAAUGUGCAGUGGAGAGCUUGCUGAGGCAGUUGAGCCUUCAUGACUUACAGGACAGCUCCAGAAAAGCUGAUGGAUUAAACUCACCAAAGAAGAAGAAAAGUGAUCACCUGAGUGAAUUAAUACAUGCUCAUGUUUCUUUCUAUUUGCUUAUGGGUCCUUCUGCUCCCUUCCCUCUCAAAGUGAUGGUGAAACUGUUAUGAGGAGUGCAUAAUUUUCAAUUACUUCAUUUAUUCUGACAAAUUACAUUGGUAGAUAUAGACAAACAGGGGGAGAAAAUACUGUAACAAACAAAACCAUUCCCAAAUGCAUGCUUGUACGAAUUCAGACAGAAUUUCCAGCUAGGUGAAUUAAUGCCCUGCAAGCAGAGAAAGGGCUUCAAAUGCCUGAGUGUCUAGAAAAAAGAAGAAAUUUAAAACAAAUUCUGCAAGCUAUGCAGCGACUGCUCAUCCAGGAUCAUGAUUUUAAUUAACAGAACUGGAAAGCAAGCAUAUAACAUAAACUU